AUGUCCACAUCGCUCCCAACUAUUGCAUCCCAGACUGGCAAAGAAAUCACAGGUUCUCCAAGGGUUCUCAGAAUUACAUGUCCCGUUGAGGGUUGUGGAAAGGCUUGUACAAGGUACAAUGCACUGCAAAGCCAUAUUCAGCGUGACCAUGAGAUUAGUAUUGAAUGUGAACAAAUGUCUUUUUCUUCUAUUGAUGAUUUUAACAAAUGGAAAAUUGAAACAGAGCAGAGUGAUGUCUCAUCUUAUGUGAAAGAUACCUCAGCAUACAAAGCAAAAAAUGAAUACCACAUUGCUUAUUAUAAUUGCCAUCGAUCUCACUCUUCUGUGGAAAAAAAGAAAAAAACAUUUUCAAGAGUUUUCAAGAGCAAAAAAAUUGGGCAUGCUUGUCCCUCGCGGAUCGUUUGCAAAAUGCAUAAUGACGGACAUAUUAAAGUUGAUUAUUAUAAGACACAUGUAGGACAUGAAAAGGUGCUAAAAUUUUUACCACUGGACCAAAAUUUGAAACAAAACAUCAAAGAUAAAAUUCUUGCCGGAGAAGAUGCAGAUGUUAUAAUAAAGAGUAUUCGCAAUAAUAAAUUAUUGCCGCCCAGGGCAGCUAUGAUAACAAAAAAGGAUUUAUGGAAUAUAAAACGGAGAGUUUUACAACCACAUAACACAUUUCAAAUAUAA